AAGACGGUGGUCUAAGCGCUGCUGAACAAGUGGCAGCGGUCGAGGCGGAAGUUGCCUCCCGCUAGAUUCACAGCGCUGCAGUAGAAGCAGCGAAAGCUGAACCAGAAGACUCCGACUGGAGUACGAUAGGAGUAAAAGAAUUUUAAUUUAUUUGAAUUUGAAUAAAAGUGAAAGGUGCAAAAGCACGGUUGCAGAUUGGCCAAAUACGGCUCAGAACCCCCUUCAAAAAAACCCUCGCGGGUAUACAUUGUAGGGGUGGGUGAGGGAUUCUAUAAAAUAAAGAAACCCGUUAUAAAAAAAAAAAAAAAAAAAAAAAAAAAAGCCAGUUAUCCCGGUUCAUCGGGUAGCCGUCGAGUGAAGACAUAUGUAAACACGCUCCGACGAAGUUUGCAAAAAAAGUGUGUAAAACGGCCUCGGAUCGCUCUGAAACCCUCAAAAUCGUGCUUAGAACACCCAAAUUACCUAUAGAUAGUGAAGUUAGGUCGAAUUUCGGUGAUUUUUUGCGUUUUCAAAAAUUCGAGUUGUUGUGUGUACGUGGGCCCCCCCCCGGUAGCGCAAGAAUUCCGGGUGUGGAAAUUUGGGGCAAAAAUUAGCGUUCUCGGCCCCGAAAACACUCAAUUUUAGUGAAAUUGGUGGUGCUGAAACGUUUUAUUGUGUUUUCGAGACGAUCCGAGCAGUGAAAAGUGUAAAAAAGUGUGUGUGUUUUUUCCCCAUACAUUUUGUAUGGGGAACUUAGCAUGCAAAUAUUUUAGUGAAAUUUGCACGGAUUUUGUCCGGAUGUGGUUUGAAAGGUGCGCGUAGCGACGUUCUAAGCAUUGUGCGAAAAAACGGACGAGAAAUCGGCGGAAAAACGCAAAAAUAAAAAGUGUCGGGGGUGCUUCCGCCGGAGCACGUGUUUUUCGUAAAAACGGAAUGAUUACAAAAACAAGAAUAACUCCGUGAGUUUUGGCCCGAAUUAAGUGCGGUUUUCACCGUUGUGCUUGUUUUAACGUGUACAAUAAGAUGCAAUCAAAAAAUCAGUGAAAAUCACGAAAAAAAAAUUUUGACGUUUUCGGUGACAUUUGAGGGAUACCCGUAAGGCAAAUUUGGUCUGGGAAGCAGUUCCCGUACAGCAAAAUUUGAAUUUAUCGUUAGUGCUCGAAAAACUGCUCGAACAUUUAAAAGUGUGCGUAAAAUUCAGCGAAGUGGUGUAGUGUCAGCGGGAGCUCGAAUCUGCCCGAAUCGAGGCGCUCGAAAAGUGCUCGAUUUUUUUCGAAACUGCUCGAAUUUUUCGAAAAAUUCGGAGAAGCUGUAGGGUGGUAGAGGGUGACAAAACAAACACGGGAAAAUUAUUUUCCACCCUUUUCCCCUCCCCCCCACCCGGUGAAGUGCAAAGUUAAAAUAAAAAAAAAAAAGUCCAAAAAGGGUGGAAGUCGGGGUCGAACCGUUUAGACGUAUAAACGCACCGGGGAAAUUCGGGACUGGUGCGGAAUAAUUCCCCACGCGCGAGACGCACCCUCCCGAAAUUUACCCCACCCCCUCCCCCUCCCCCCCGACCACCAGGGGGGCAUAAAUUGGACCGUUUUCAUCCUAAGCAGCGGAAUUGAAGCGAAGAUCGACAUUAUAGCAGAACACCAGCUAGGCGACGCAGCAUCCCAGGGGUCUUUCCGACCCCCUGGGUCAUCCGACCCCCGGGGUCUUUUCGACCCCCAGGGCUAUUUAACCAAGCCAUCGCGAUCGUCAGUCAGUCGUGAUGGAAGCAGCCGGGAGAUCGACCCGCUCGGGUGCUAGGGCGACGUCGGUGGACUGCCGCACCAGCUUGGCUCCUAGCUCCAAGCUCUUUGCGGCCGAGCCACGUGUUGCGCUUCCUAGGCUAAGCGCCACAGGCGCUAGUAAGCCCAUUGCGCAGCCAAAAGCUGCAUCAGCGACACCGGCUCCGGAGCUCGAGUUGCUCAGAGCUACAAUACAACGGCUCGAGGAGCAGAACUGUGCGAUGAAGGAGCAAAACGCACAACUCCUGGAGCAGAUAACUGGCAUGUGCCAACUGCUGCAGGAGGAAAAGGAGGAGGCGAAGCGCCGUGAAGAAAAGCUGGAGGCGCAAAUGGAGAAGCUAGCCGCCGCACAUCAACGCGAUCGAGAUGUGCUCAACUCUCUGCUGGCGGCAAAGGUUGGCGGUGGACAACCGUCAGCUAGUCCACGUCAACCUCCAACUCCGUUGCCGCGCCGAUCCUCUGCGCAGCCGCAGCAGCAGCAACAACAGCAGCAGCGGAACCAGCACGAGCAGGAGCAGCCCCGCGCGUCGACGUCGCGCGCAGUCAUGCCGCCGCGUAGCGAGGCAUUGACAGCCGUCCGCGGAGACGUCGUGCCGGAGUUGACCUACAGCGAGGUGGUACGUCGCAGGUACCGUGGCAAGGCUACCGGCAAGCCACGCUCCCAACAGCAGCCGCAACAGCAGCAGCAGCAGCGUCAGCCACAGCGACAGGCAGCCGUUACCGCGGAGUAUCAACAGCAGCAGCAGCAACGUCAGCCACAGCGACAGGCGGUCGCUGGCUCGCAGCAGCAACAACAGGAGCAACAGCGUAAGCGAAAGCCGAGGCCUGACAUCAUCGAGGUGUCACCCAGCGAAGGCGAAACCUGGGACAGCAUCGACGAUAAGGUACGCAAAGCCAUCCGCCACGACCCUGCCUACUGUGGCAUGAAAGGGCAUAUCAAGCAGGGUCGCCGAACCCAUGCGAGGCUGCUACGCAUGGAACUAAGCAAGACGGCAAAUGCCCCACUUAUGCUAGAUAGCGUCCGCAAGAUUAUCGGUGAUGCAGGCGUAAGUCGGCUUGUCACCGAAAUGGGUGAACUGAUCGUGGUAGACAUCGAUCCCCUCGCUGCAGAGGAGGACGUCAUUGCUGCCCUCGAUGAGAAGAUUGGCGCAAGUGCUGGAGUAGUCUCCACCAGCAUUUGGGAACUUCCGGAUGGAGCGAAGCGUGCACGCAUCCGGCUACCAGCGAAGUCGGCUCGUCAGUUGGAAGGAGCAAAGCUGUUCCUGUGCGACUGCGUCAGCAAGGUACGUGCAGCCCCACCAACUCCUCCAGAGCGACAGCGUUGUUUCCGCUGUCUGGAGAUGGGCCACAUUGCCUCGAACUGCCGAUCCGCUGCAGAUCGGCAGAAUUUGUGCAUCCGUUGUGGACUAGACGGACACAAAGCACGAACCUGCCAAAAUGAGGCGAAGUGUGCACUGUGUGGUGGCGCUCACCACAUAGGCCACAGCGAAUGUGCUCGUUCGGCUCUGCGAUGUUCCCGGCCCUGAAAGUUUUGCAGGCGAAU